AUUUAAACGUAACAGUGGCUAAAUGGAGCUAUAUCAUUACAUGUACUAUGUUGUGCUGUUGCUUUUGGCAUGCAAAACUGGGCUAACGGUCGAUUCGACCGUGAAAGAUCCAGCUGGGCAAAUAGCUCAGCUGACACCGCUAGCAAAUGUGGUGCAAUCAAAGACAGAUACUGAGUCCAAACCACCAAUACAACCGGAGAAGCAGGUGACGGAGAAGGCGCCGGAUCAAGAAAAACAACAAGCAGAGAAUCAAUCGGUUAAGACAGUAAUACCGGUACAACCGGAUAAGUCAGUUCAACCAAGGAAUGAGAAGCAUCCGGAUAAGUCGAAGCCAGCGGGUAAUGAAAAAUAUCCACAGAAACAAAGGCGAUCGGAAACCAAGGAUAAGAAUACGAAGAAGUGCAAGCCGACCGAGGUGCUGACCGCCAAUAAAGGUUGCGUCAAUCGUGAAUUGUAUAUGCACCAGAUACUCCAGCGAGCCUGGGCUGAUGAGAAUCUGGACGAGGCCAAGGAUAAGGCUGGACUGGCACGCAGCAUUGAGUGCCCCGAUGGUCAAGUACAGACGCCCACUGGUUGCGCGCCACAAAGGAAGUACCUGCUCGGCAACGACGAGCGAGUACCUGUUCUGCCCAGCCAUCUUCAUGGAGAAAGGGUAUACGCAGCCGCCGGCUACCUACCUGCGCUUUUUGAAAACAGUGAAGAAACGAAUAUUUACCGAGCUGGUCCCAUAGGCAAACCGAACAGAAAUACUGUCCAGGGCACAAAUAACGAUAAUCCUGUGGGCCACAAGACACGUCACAAAUAUAUUUAUUUGCCAGGAAGGCUGCUCAGGAGCGGUCGUGCGUGUCGCCCCUAUGAGGUUCUGGGAAUCAAAAAUCGGUGCAUUCGAAAGCUGGGUAAGGUUGGUCUAUAUAAGCACAAGAGCCACGUGUACGGGCAUAAGUAGAAAACUAGGCGUACUUAUAAUAAAGGAUAAUAUGCGUUUCUUUUGGUAAUAUGAAAAAUAAUACAUA